CACAUUCCCAGUUAACUUUUAUCCGUUUUACGACCCCGGAAGUGGCAGUUCAAUGUCACAUGGAAUAAAAAGGCUUACAAGUUUUGGUGUGGAGUGUGGAGUGAAUGAUUUGCAUUGCAAUAAUUUUAAUUAAUUUAUGGCAACAAAUAGCUGAAUAAGAGUUCGCGGGAGUACGCUUUAUAUGCUCUAUGUAGUUACUGUUUGUUAAAGUACUGUAGAUAAUUUCCACCCUGUGAAGUACUUGCAGUAGGUCGAUUAUCCUAAAACAUAAAUAAUACAUCAGUUUCAAUUGUUCCUGUUAUUGGAGUACAAUCUGGCAUUCACAGAUCGUGUGAAUCAUUGAACAUGUGAUGCAACUGAACGGAAAAGUAACAGAGCGAGAUGACUAGAUAUCGUUAUAGAAAAACCUCAUCUUCUCAAUAAUACAUCCAGGGACCUUCGAUGGCUGCGGUGAUGAACAGAAUGGCGUAUUUCGGAGGCGCCCUCACAAGGAGACCCUUCCGCUGCGUGGGGGUAGCGGGCCGGGGGUUCUCGCCUUCCUCCGGGUCGCGCUGGCAGCGCCGCUCUCCGGCGGGGUGCUGGGGGAGGACUGCGCGGCGCAGCCUGUGCCAGGACACCUCCCUGGCCGGCGAGCCCCACUACAUCACCACUCCCAUCUUCUACGUGAACGCCGCCCCGCACAUCGGACACCUGUACUCCGCCGUCAUCGCGGACUGCCUGCACAGGUACAAGCUGAUGCGGGGAUGCCGGUCGAGGUUUUCCACGGGGACGGAUGAGCAUGGAUUAAAAAUCCAGCAGGCGGCGCUAGCUGCCGGGAAAGACCCCCAGACGUUUUGCAAUGAAGUAUCCGAGAAAUUUAAAACCCUGUUCCAGCGGUGCGACAUUGCAUACACGGACUACAUCAGGACCACGGAUCCCAGACACCGCAGCGCUGUGGAGCAUUUCUGGAAAGUCUUGCGGGACAAGGGCUUCAUCUACAAAGGGAGCUACGAAGGCUGGUAUUCCACUCAGGAUGAGAGCUUCCUGACCCCCUCACAGGUGGGGGACAGCGUGGACUCAAUGGGGAGGCCAAUCAAGGUAUCCCUGGAGAGCGGUCACAAGGUGGACUGGGUGAAGGAGGAGAACUACCUGUUCCGCCUGUCGGCGUUCCGGGCCCCGCUGCGGGCGUGGCUGGCCGAGAGCCCGCAGGCCGUGCGGCCCGAGAGGUUCCACGCCGCGGCUCUCCGCUGGCUGCAGGAGGAGCUGCCCGACCUGUCCGUUUCGCGGCAGAGAGACCGGCUGCAGUGGGGGAUCCCCGUGCCCGGAGACCCCAGCCAGACCAUAUACGUGUGGCUGGACGCCCUGGUCAACUACCUGACAGUAGCCGGGUACCCCCACUCCUGCGCUGAGUGGUGGGCCGCUGCCCAUCACGUGGUGGGCAAGGACAUCCUUAAGUUUCACGCCAUCUACUGGCCGGCCUUCCUCCUGGCCGCCGGCCUGCCCCUGCCCCAGGCCCUCUACGUGCACUCGCACUGGACAGCGGGCGGGCAGAAGAUGUCGAAGAGCCUGGGCAAUGUGGUGGACCCCCUGGAGAGGUGCCAGGACUUCACCGCAGAUGGGAUGAGGUACUUCCUGCUCAGACAGGGCGUCCCGGACUCGGACUGCGACUACUACGACGACAAGGUGGUGAAGCUGCUCAACGCCGAGCUGGCGGACUCUCUCGGGGGGCUCCUGAGCCGCUGCACGGCCCCCGCCCUCAACCCGCGCCAGGUGUACCCCAGCUUCUGCGCACUGUAG